GUCAAUUAUGCCUUUCAGGAAAUACCUUGAAGUUAAUUUAUUUCGUGUCUAAAAUGGUUUUGCGUGUGGUACAGAUGAAAUAGUGAUGCUUCUGCCGCUAAAGCAAAAUAUGUUCGUGCUAUAGCCUGCUUUAUUAUUGAGAAAGAGUCGACUAUCUGUUUAUUGCAAGGUGUUAUGUAACUAAUACGUGAGAACGGAGCGGUUGGGCAACCCUGUACUCUGAGCUUUGCCUAGCAGUGCUAACACACAGCCAGGCGACUGACUGUUGACAAGCUAGUUUACCCAGUUCAGUCACGGUUUAAUUCAGAUCGGCGGUACGAGCACGAAUACGGUUUAGACGUUUAAAACAAUGUCUUUUUCAGCGGCAGCAAAGAGAUUUGUCGGUUUGGGUCUUUCACAGAGCUCCUGGAUACUUUCAAGGGGUGCCAAUACUUCAUCCAAAGCUGUAUCAUCGCUGAGCAGACUAACUGACCCGAAUAAAGACCUCAUCCGCAAAAGAGACAUAACCUCCUUCAAUGUUGUGCAGCCUCUCAGGUCAGAAAACAAGGUGACUGUUAAUUUCAUCAAUCGUGAUGGAGAAAAGAUUACAGUUAAGGCUUCUCCUGGGGACACACUAUUAGAUGUUGUUGUUCAACAAGACCUUGACAUUGAUGGUUAUGGAGCAUGUGAGGGAACUCUAGCUUGCUCCACAUGUCAUGUCAUCUUUGAAGAGGAGACGUAUAAACAGCUUGGACCAAUUAGUGAUGAGGAAAUGGAUAUGCUGGAUCUUGCCUAUGGUCUCACAGAUACGUCUCGUCUGGGUUGCCAGAUCUGCCUAACAAAGUCUCUGGAUGGCAUGACCGUGCGUGUUCCUGAGAGCUUGAUGGACAUCAGACAGUCAGAUGGCUCUGCUUAGUUUCUUGAACCAUCCCGUGCCUGUCUACCUACAAUAAACCAACAUAAAUUGAUCAUGAGAGAUGGCAAAACUUUUGCGUGAUUGUAUUGAUUAAGGUCCAGAAGCGUAUGAUUUGAAUUUAGAAAGGUGCCCUAAUGUUAGGAAUCAUGGUUUUGUCCAGUCCCUUAAUGGUUACAGCACUGGGAUGUAGUUUAACAGCUCGGUUAUAGAGCUAGAUUAAUCUGUGGUCAAUUUACCAGCUUUAUUUCUGACCCAAACGCUGGAUCAUGAUGUGCUAAUAAAUUCCGUGAAUGUUUUAUAUCUUGAUCAAGUAGUUAAUAUAGAAUCCACACAAAUGCAAAGGAAGAUAUGUUUUAAGAUUAAAAAAAACGGAGACAUUUUAGUAUGGUGAGCUGUAAGUGCAAAACACCAUUUAACAAAAAAAUGUAACAGUAAACUGGAAAACUCAAACAAAACUGAAAACCCAACAGCAAAAACAAAAAAUUGGUGACAGCAUGUGGAAAACGGAGGACUUGGAGGACUUGGUGCAUGUUUACCAGUAAGAAGAACCAGAAUGACAUUUCAUUAAAUUGAAUUUGUUAGGUUAACUAGAUAACGGGCGGUUAUUUUUCCUUGUGAUAGUCAUAGGCUGUGUCCAAUCACCAGUGGUCCUGUGAAGAACCGAUCCUUUCUGUUUUGAGUUCAUUUUGAUGUGUUUCUGAAUUUGCUCUUGUAUUUUUGGUUUGUUGAUGUGUUUUUCCACUUUCAUGCCACCAUGGUUGAGAGAUUUUAAGCUGGUGGUUUUGCCAAGGUAUAUAAUGGAUUUUCUCAUUCUGAUACUUUGGACAUUUAAUGCCCUAUAAAGUGGUGAAUUAAACAAUUAGUAUGAUAGAUCA